AUGCUACCCUCACAGGGUGUCGACAAAACCUCACCAGAUGAAUUCUUUAUACGUGACAAGUGGAUUGGGAAAAGGAUCAGCUAUUCUGCAAACACUCUGCCUCUAUGUGUCAUCCUUGCUCGCUGCGAUGAAGAGAUAGUACCUAUUGAAUUUCAGAAAUUUUAUCCAUCGUCGUCCCUUUCAUUUCAGCAAUACAUUCGAAUUCCUCUACCUGACCGCUCGUAUGCUCUGUCGUCCUUUACCUCAGAACGUUGGUUCAGUAAUGAUGUACCUGACACACGUACCAUGGGUGAGCUGUGGAAGCUCCUCACCAGUCGUCCUCUACCAACAUCUGGCGAAUUAACAAGAUUGUAUGGCGACUUCGGUCAGCUUUGGCUGAAUGGAGCUCGAUCCAUUCGUGAUCCUCGAUUUAACUCUGGGAAAGAACGGCUACCUCUAUGGGUACUCACUGCAUGGCAUGAUAUGGUUAACUUUGCCGAAACACAGAGCAGUUUGGAGAAAGCGUACCGAUCUUUGCAGGAGCUGAUAAAGCAGAAACCAGUUGCAAAUCACUUCCCAACGGUCGACUCCGUGUUCAGAAAUGUGAAAUGGAACCAGAGUUUCAAGCACGGCGGAGUUACUAUUUCUGCCUACGAGUUCGCGCCUCUGCUGAGACAGGUCAUGCUCAGUGAUACAGUAACUCAAGGUAUGAUAUCGUACCUCCAAGAUCGCCUGUUUCGAGACCCGGUCCAGCGGCAGAACCACUAUAUCUGUGGCACCGGAUUUUCCAGCUUCAUUUCAGUAGCGGAAAAGAGAAACAGAAUGAGCGCGCGUAUCUUGAAAGAUAUUGAAGAUGCAGUAGCUCGAAACGCAACUCUACAAGUAUGGGUUCCUGUCCUGAGGGAGAAGCAUGAAGUUGUGAUAAAGAUAGACUUCGGAGCUAGAACAGUUGGAUAUGGAGAUACCUUGCCCGGUUUCUCCCCUCCAAGGGUUGUUGCCGAACACAUACGCAGUUGGAUCAAGCUUCGAUACAAGAUCAAUUUUUCAUGGGUUGGGAAGGCAAGUGUAGAGCAUGGGAUACAAGAAGACGGCAUUUCUUGUAUACCGGGAACAGCAAACAUGAUAGCUCAUGCAAUCUGGGGAGAUGAGUUAUGGACCAUAAAGGAACGGAUGCUUGAUCGAGUCAGAUGGUUUGUGAAUUUGACAACAGUAAGUACAACAAUAACUGCAAGGAGGCUAGUUUGA